AUGAGGGGCAAGCAAUCAAUAUGUCUCUUCUGCAAACAUGCGGCCCAUGUGCGAAGUCGAAUCAAUUUUCCCAAGCGACUUGCUUCAGUCCCCAGCGCUGAGCCAUAUGUCCUUCCCCGGUUAGUCAUAGAUCUGGAUGCGGCAGACAGCACGUUCGUUCGAAAGGUGGAUAAUGCACCGGUACCAGAGGAUUCUCGAGAGAAACCACGCCGGCGUCGAGACUCUUUCGAGGAGGAAAAAGUGGUGAAGCGGACUUCACGACCAAAGGCGCCUCUCCGACCACUCAAGGUCCAGCCCAUAGAUCUAUGGGCAUAUGGUCUGCUAGGAGUUACCGACUUUACUGAGCAUCCUAACAGUCAAAAUUUACGGCACAUCGUCUCCAAUAGAGCAAUAUUUUCCGUGGACAGCGCAGAUACUGUCGUCAAAGAGAUCUUGAGCGCCUUUUACAUUGAUCCGUCGACGAAUCUUCAACGAGCUGGGUACUACGAGACGAAAGAGCCAGCUAUUGCCUAUCAGAUCCGGAAGGUUAAUUCUUUUCCCAAGUUACGCCGCAUCAUCUCGUUUUUAUCCUCCACCACGGCCGGGUGCCGCUUUCUCGCUGCGAACGGAGUAUUCAUCCUAGCUGCCAUCAGAGAGGCUAGAAAGGCCCAGAAUUGGACACAAUCUGCGGAAAGGGUCCCAACAGUGGCAGUAUUAGACCUAUUCAACAAUCUGCAAAUAAAUCUGGAGUCGAAGGGUUUAUUGCUGGGACCAGAACUGUGCAAUGCCGCCCUCUAUUAUGCUUCGAAAUCUUACAACAUCGCUGCUGUGAAGAAAUACCUGGAGCUUUUACGAACAAACAACUAUGCGCCUGAUUGGAGGGCUCGAAAGGCCCUUCUGUCAAUCAUUUCGGGUCUAAUUAAUGCUGAGAACGCCUUGAGUGGAGAGCAGAGCAGGAGAGAGACAAUGGAGCUCAUCACAGGCUGGCCAGGCGGCCUUGCCCCUAAAGGAGGGGAGCUCAGGUCAACUUCCUUCGCGUAUUUAUCAUAUCUCAACACCAAAGCAGACAUCGUUCACACCAUGUACCCCGCCUACAUUCUUGGGCUCGGAGAGUUGGGUUUAUCUGGACAAAUUUAUGCCGAAUUCAUGGCCGAAGAUCCAAGACGAAUGGACCAUGUACUCCUAGGCGACGAGCACUUGCGAUUUCGUGCUCAGAUGUUUGCAAUUGCACUUCUACUCGCCAAAGAUGAGCAGCUUGCCCUUCAAGUCCUUGAAUCGGUUCCUGCUAGCCACAAGGAUGCCACUUGCCGCGAGGAUAAGAACACGCUGCGAACCUGGCGCCCGAACAGUAGUCCAAUAACCUCCAAACAAUUCACCCCUACUCCGAAAAGCAGCAAUGUGUGGCUGCUGACCCUUCUCCGCGAUCACUACAGUUUCCACCUCUGCAGGCCAACACCACAGCUGAAGGAGCAUCUCGCGAGGACUUUAGUUCAGCUGCCACAUGACCCGCAUGUUGUGCUAAUGACACUUAAAAGUCUUCUCUUGCUGAAUCUGGAUCUCCCGCGUCUUCCGAUAGGCUCUGCAAAAGAUGCCAGAAAGUACAUUACUUGGGCUGAAGUGGACGGAGAGGAAGGCAUACAACUUUUUGCUGGCGAGAAAUCGUACCGUGUCGAGGGAGAUUCGGGAGCUCCAACAUUCUGA